AUGGAGUACCAGCCGCUGCUGAAAGUGAUAGUCAUAACCAAUGGCAUGAGAGUAUUUCAUAGUCUUGGAAAGGUGCCUCUUACAGGGCCACCAGAUUUCCUUGCCUCAGUGCAGCUUCCCACUUGGACACUCUUUUUGACUGUGUGUGCAGCUGGAAUUGGAGGGACCUUUCAAUAUGGGUAUAAUGUUUCUGUCAUCAGUGCACCCACUGAGCACAUCCACAAGUUUCUCAAUGACACCUGGCACAGCCGUUAUGGGACAGAGCUCAGUCCCAGCAUGCUGACUCUCCUCUGGUCCACCAUUGCUUCUGUUUUCUCACUGGGAGGGCUGUUUGGGGCACACCUUGGUGGCAGCAUGGCGAUCCGUCUGGGCAGGAAAGAAGCUCUUUUGAUAAACAACUUUAUUGCCAUCCUGGUGGCUAUCCUAAUGGGAAUCAGCUUUCCAGCUGGACUGUAUGAACUGCUGAUUGUUGGGAGAUUUUUGAUUGGUGUGAACGCAGGCAUUGGCUUCUGCGUGCAGCCCCUCUAUAUAGGAGAAGCAGCCCCCAAGCAUCUACGGGGUGCUAUGGUCAUGGGCAGUUCCAUAUUCCUGACAGGAGGGAUUUUCACAGGACAGAUUAUUGGCCUCAGGGAGCUACUUGGUGGAGAGGCCUCCUGGCAUUUCCUGCUCUCAAGCAGCUGCUUCCCAGCCUUUGUCCAGCUCUUGGCUCUUCCUUGGUUUCCGGAAAGUCCCCGGUUUCUCUUCAUUGACAGAGGGGACGAGAUGGAAUGCAUGAAAGCAUUGAAGUGCUUCCAUGGCCCUUUGCAUUACCAGAUGGAAAUGGAGGACAUUCAGAGGGAGCGCUUUGCCCUCGGGGGUGAGAAGGCCAAGCAAAUCUUCAUGGACCACAGCAUCCGAUGGCAGCUCAUCACCACCAUCCUCAUAACAAUGGGCCAGCAGCUUAGUGGGAUCAAUGCAAUUUACUUCUAUGCAAGUUAUGGUUUUGAGGAAGCUGGGAUCUCCCGAGAAAAUAUUCCCUAUGUGACUCUAGGCACUGGGGCUUGCGAGUGCAACUCACUGCCCCCAUGUGGAUUGCUCAUUGAGCACAUGGGGAGGAGGGCUCUGAUCCUGGGAGGCUACUCUCUGAUGACCUUGUGGUGCAUAGUGCUGACUUUUUCCCUGACGUACCAGGUGUACUCAUGGGCACCGUACCUAAGCAUGGCCUGCAUAUUUGCCUUCAUCUUGAGCUUUGGGCUUGGACCAGGUGGAGUGACAAACACUUUGACAACCGAGUUGUUCACACAGUCUUCGUUCCCUGCUGUUUACAUGAUCACAGGAUCCGUUAGCUGGCUCCGUUUCUUUACCAUUGGAAUGCUCUUCCCCUUCAUUGUGAAAGGCUUCAAGCAGUACUGCUUCAUUGUAUUUUUGCUAGAAUGCUGCUUGGUUGUCAUUAUCAUCGCCUUUAUCAUUCCUGAAACGAAGAACAAAACCUUUCUGGAAAUUAAAGAAUCUCACAAGCUGAACUUUGGCAGAACCCAGGAGCAAGAUGGAGGAUGGUGCGACAGGCACCGUCUCAGCAAUGAGUUCUAA